AUGUCAAGAUUCGAAGUAUAUUCACCUGAAGGUUUAAGGAUGGAUGGUCGUCGAUGGAAUGAACUACGUAGAUUUGAAACAUCGAUAAAUACGCACUCCCACGCCGCCGAUGGGUCCUCUUAUUUAGAACAAGGUAAUAAUAAGAUUAUAACAUUAGUGAAAGGUCCCACAGAACCAACAUUAAGAAGUCAAUUAGAUCAAACGAAGGCUACAUUACAAAUAACUGUAAAUUUAACUAAAUUUUCAAAAUUUGAAAGAAGUAAAACUACAGGUAGUAAUAAGAAUGAAAGAAGAAUCCUAGAGAUACAGACUGCAUUGGUGAGAACUUUUGAAAAAAACUUAAUGUUAAAUUUAUAUCCACGUACUAUUAUUGAUAUAGAGAUACAUGUACUACAACAGGAUGGUGGAGUCUUAGGAUCUUUAAUCAAUGGUAUAACAAUGGCAUGUAUUGAUGCAGGUAUUGCCAUGUAUGAUUACGUUAGUGGUAUCUCCAUUGGAUUAUAUGAUACUACACCAUUAUUGGACGUUAAUUCAUUAGAAGAAGCAGCAAUGAGUUGUGUAACAUUAGGUGUAAUGGGGAAGAGUGAGAAAUUGUCAUUGUUACAAGUUGAGGAUAAAAUACCAUUAGAUAGAUUAGAGACUGUACUAGCCAUUGGGAUUGCUGGUGCACAUAGAAUUAGAGACUUGAUGGAUGAGUCUCUUAGAAAUCAUGCACAAAAGAGAAUAACCAAUGCAUCUAAUCGCUAG